GUGCCACAUGAUGUGCCGCCGUAUUAGCUUCUCUAAAGAUAUGAUUGACCCGUCCCCCGGACCGAUUUAUCAUUUCUCUUGUCAUCCUUGUGAAGAAAUCAUUGUUGGAGAAGUUUGUUAAAUUGUUUGCGCAACUUUUGGAGUCAAUAUUGAGAUUGACCGGGUAGUUAAGAAACAAACUUCUGCGUACUCCUUCGUAUGCUGCCUCCAUUUCUGUCUCAGCUGGUGGGAGAUUUGGAUGAAGAGGAUAGGUCCAAGCAAUGAGGAAUUGGCCAUGCCUUGUGCGCAGGAUGCUGGCUCCAGCUGAUCUUCCCUCUCUGAUUGCCGCGUCCGUUGUAAGUGUAACACCAGUGACUGGGAUUACCCAUCGAUGUACAGUGAUUGCGCUCAUCCUAAUUGAAGGUGUGUUCUUCUUCCUCGUAAAUCUUCCUGUUUCUUUCUUUCCAUAUCUCAUAGGUUAUGAUUCCUGGAAUGAUUUUGAGGAGUUCUUUGUUAAGUUUUUUCAGUUCCCCUUGUUUCCACCAGUUUGUCAAGAUGGUGAAGUGAGAGCUGUGGAGAAGGUUCUGGAUGAGGUCAAGGCCAUGGAAGAGUUCUUGUGUGAGGAGGACGUGGUCAUGGAUCACCCUUCCUUUUACAAAUCUCCCUUGUUCAGGCUGAGGAAUCUGAAGUGGAGGGGCCAAGGUGGGGCUCAGAAAAGGGGUCAUCAAGAGAGGUGUGAGGGGGAGUAGGGGGUUGAUUUGCUGUGAGUUUGAGUUGCUGAUUUUCUUCCCAACUCACCAAACAUUUGGCAAGAAUAUCAUUGUGGACCAGGAUUUCCCAGUCAGCUUCCUCCAAGAAAUUUUCUGAGGUUGGUUGAAAUGUUGAGGGUUGAGGGUUAAGAAAAGGCUUGGGUGUUG